AUGACUUUCGGUAAGUGACAGCUGCUCAGGAAGCACAGGGGCCCACACAGGAAAGAGCCCAGUGGGACUUUCCUUCCACUGCCACUGGGCUCUGCCUUCUGAUUGUUGGCCCAGGGUCCCCACCUGCCAGACAGGCUGCACACAUGGCGCCUCCGAGUGAGGAGACACCCCUGAUCUCUCAGCGAUCUUGCAGCCUCUCAUCUUCAGAGGCUGGUGCCUUGCAUGUGCUGCUGCCCCCUCGGGGCCCCGGGCCCCCUCAGCGCCUCUCCUUCUCCUUUGGGGACCACUCGGCUGAAGAACUGUGUGUUCAGGCUGCUAAGGCCAGUGGCAUUCUGCCCGUGUACCACUCCCUCUUUGCUCUGGCCGUGGAGGACCUGUCCUGCUGGUUUCCCCCGAGCCACAUCUUCUCCGUGGAGGAUGUGGGCACCCAAGUCCUCGUCUACAGGCUCCGCUUUUACUUCCCCAACUGGUUUGGGCUAGACAAGUGUCACCGAUUCGGGCUUCGAAAGGACUUGGCCAGUGCCAUCCUUGACCUGCCAGUCCUGGAGCACCUAUUUGCCCAGCACCGCAACGACCUGGUGAGCGGCCGUCUCCCCAUGGGCCUUAGCCUCAAGGAGCAGGGCGAAUGUCUCAGCCUGGCUGUGCUGGACCUGGCCCAGAUGGCCUGUGAGCAGGCCCAGCGACCAGAGGAGCUGCUGAAGACCAUCAGCUACAAGACCUGCCUGCCUCCCAGCCUGCGCGACCUGAUCCAGGGCCUGGGCUUUGUUACACGGAGGCGAAUCCGGAGGAGGGUGCGCCAGGCCCUGGGUCGUGUGGCCGCCUGUCAGGUUGACAGGCACUCACUCAUGGUCAAGUACAUCAUGGACCUGGAGCGACUGGACCCCUCCAGGGCCACUGAGACUUUCGUCGUGGGCAUCCCCGGCGUUGCUGGUGGUCAGGAUACGUCAGGGCUCCUCCGCAUAUCUGGUGGUAGCGGCAUUGCCUGGAGCCCAGGAACACAGGAGAUCUUCCAGCCUUUCUGCGAUUUUCCAGAAAUCGUGGACAUCAGCAUCAAGCAGGCGCCGCGCGUUGGCCCGGCUGGGGAACACCGUCUGGUCACCAUCACCAGGACAGACAACCAGAUCCUGGAGGCUGAGUUCCCGGGGCUGCCAGGAGCGUUGUCCUUCGUGGCACUGGUCGACGGCUACUUCCGGCUGACCACCGACUCCGGGCACUAUUUCUGCAAGGAGGUGGCGCCUCCGCGGCUUCUGGAGGAGGUGGCGCAGCAGUGCCACGGCCCUAUCACCUUGGAUUUUGCCAUCAACAAGCUCAAGACUGAGGGAUCCCUUCCUGGCUCCUAUGUGCUCCGUCGCAGCCCCCAGGAUUUCAACAGCUUCCUCCUCACUGUUUGUGUCCAGACCCCCCUGGGCCCCGAUUACAAGGGCUGCCUCAUCCGGUGUGACCCCACAGGAGCCUUCUCCCUGGCUGGCCUCAGCCGACCCCACAGCAGUCUUCGAGAGCUCCUGGCAGCCUGCCUGGAUGGUGGGCUGCAUGUAGACGGGGUUGCACUGAACCUCACCUUCUGUUGCACCCCUAGACCCAAAGAAAAGUCCAAUCUGAUUGUGGUCCGGAGAGGUUGCAGUCCACCUACAUCAUCCCCUGUUCAGCCCCACUCAGGAUGCCAGCUGAGUCAGAUGACAUUUCACAAGAUCCCUGUGGAUAGCCUGGAGUGGCACGAGAACCUGGGUCACGGAUCCUUCACCAAGAUUUACCGGGGCUGUCGCCACGAGCCCGUGGACGGGGAGCCUCGGAAGACAGAGGUGCUGCUCAAAGUGUUAGAUGCGAAACACAAGAACUGCACAGAGUCAUUCCUGGAAGCGGCGAGCUUGAUGAGCCAAGUGUCAUACCAGCAUCUCGUGUUGCUUCAUGGCGUGUGCAUGGCCGGAGACAGCAUCAUGGUGCAGGAGUUUGUACACCUGGGAGCACUGGACACAUACCUGCGUAAGUGCGGCCAUCUGGUGCCAGCCAGCUGGAAGCUGCAGGUGAUCAAACAGCUGGCCUAUGCCCUCAACUAUCUGGAGGACAAAGGUCUCAUCCAUGGCAAUGUCUCAGCCCGUAAGGUGCUCUUGGCCCGGGAGGGGUCUGACGGGAACCUACCCUUCAUCAAGCUGAGUGACCCUGGUGUCAGUCCCACUGUGCUAAGCCUUGAGAUGCUCACUGACAGGAUCCCCUGGGUGGCCCCUGAAUGUCUCCAGGAAGCCCGGACACUUGGCUUGGAAGCUGACAAGUGGGGCUUCGGUGCCACAGUCUGGGAGGUGUUCAGUGGAGUCACAAUGCCAAUCAGUUCCAUGGACCCUGCCAAGAAGCUCCAAUUUUAUGAGGAGCGGCAGCAGCUGCCUGCCCCCAAGUGGAUGGAGCUGGCCCUGCUAAUCCAACAGUGCAUGACUUACGAGCCAAGCCAUAGGCCCUCCUUUCGUGCUGUCAUUCGGGACCUGAACAACCUCAUUACAUCAGAUUAUGAACUCCUCUCGGACCCCACACCUGGUGCCCUGGCGCCCCGCGAUGGGCUGUGGAAUGGCGCCCAGCUCUAUGCCUGCCAGGACCCUACCAUCUUUGAGGAGAGACACCUUAAGUACAUUUCACAGCUGGGCAAGGGCAACUUUGGCAGCGUGGAACUGUGCCGCUAUGACCCACUGGGAGACAACACAGGAGCCCUGGUGGCUGUGAAGCAGCUGCAGCACAGCGGGCCAGACCAGCAGAGGGACUUCCAGCGGGAGAUCCAGAUCCUCAAAGCCCUGCACAGCGACUUUAUCGUCAAGUAUCGUGGUGUCAGCUAUGGCCCAGGCCGCCAGAGUUUGAGACUUGUCAUGGAAUACCUGCCCAGUGGCUGCCUGCGUGACUUCCUGCAGCGCCACCGCAUGCGCCUGGAUGCCAGCCGCCUGCUCCUCUACGCCUCGCAGAUCUGCAAGGGCAUGGAGUACCUGGGCUCCCGCCGCUGUGUGCACCGCGACCUGGCAGCGCGUAACAUCCUGGUGGAGAGCGAGACCCAUGUCAAGAUUGCUGACUUUGGCCUUGCCAAGCUGUUGCCACUGGACAAAGACUAUUACGUUGUCCGGGAGCCGGGCCAAAGCCCUAUCUUCUGGUACGCGCCGGAGUCCCUCUCGGACAAUAUCUUCUCACGCCAGUCAGAUGUCUGGAGCUUUGGGGUCCUUCUGUAUGAGCUGUUCACCUACAGCGACAAGAGCUGUAGCCCCUCCGCUGAGUUCCUGCGGAUGAUGGGAUGUGAGCGAGAUGUCCCAGCUCUUUGCCGCCUCCUGGACUUGCUGGCAGAGGGCCAGAGGCUGCCUGCACCUCCAGCCUGCCCUGGUGAGGUUCAUGAGCUCAUGAAGCUGUGCUGGGCUCCUAGCCCACAAGACCGGCCAUCCUUCAGCACCUUGGGCCCCCAGCUGGAUGCGCUGUGGAGUGGAAGCAGGGGGUAGCAUCUGGAGGCGUGAGAUAUGCACCUUCCCUGCUUGUCUGGAGGAAGAGCCCCAGUCACUGUUACUUUUACAUCUGCACACAGACCCCUGGGUUCUGGUCUCCGUGGACUGGCUGUGUGAGUUUGGGCAGGAACUGCUCCUCUCUGGGCCUCCUGCCACAUGAAGACCCCCACGAGUCAAAUGACAUUGCAUUUUGGGGACAUCCCUGGCUUGUGGAGCAACAGCAGCCUUGUGGCCUUUGGAACUUGUACAGAUUCAAGAUAGAUGCCUUAAUCAGCCCACUGAGCCCUGCUUUUAGAAGCGAGGGACCUCAUUUAAGCUCUUCUCAUCUUCCGUCCUCUCAGGAUGUCUUCCUGUCUCAUUUCCGUCAGGGACAUUGUGCAGCUUUAAAUAUAUGAUCUCAGGCUUCUGUUCCCCCACCCUGCUCUCACUGGAGGAGGCCAAGAGCAGCUGAUUUGGUUGGAAAUUCACUUUUGGGGGGAGCAAGUGUGACUGGUACUGUGUCAAGGGUCAGAAGAGGCUUGGGUCUCUGUCCACCCUCACUGUACCGGGACCCUUUCUGUCUUGACCAGAGGUUUACACACUGAUGAUCCUGGAGCCUGACAGCUUUUCAGCAGUUGAGGGACAGAAAGGCAAUCGUGGCAGAGGGAACAGCACAACAAGAGUGAGAAGGCUCAGAGGACAGAGUUUGUUGGAGCCCAUGGUUCUGCCACUUAUUUGUUGUGUGACAGCAGGCCAGUUGCUUCCCCUCUCUGGGUAGCAGGUCCUUAGUGCUGGCCCCUCAGCUGUGCAGAGUCAGCUUCUGGAGGCUCAUGCAGCUGAAGCCUGCCGCCCUCCCUCACCUGCCUGUGAGGCUUUUCCGCAGCACAGCGUAGCCUCCCUGGAAAGCUCUUACUCAUCUCUCAGAACCUCAGCGCUCACCUCCCUGAAGCCUUCCGUGAUGUGGUCUGGCCACUCCCUGCAAGCCCCGCACCUCCUUCUGAUCCUAGGGCUAGGGUGGCGACUGUGUUCAGCUCUGGCUCCUUUUCUGACCUGGAGGCUCUGUGGGGGCUGGGCUUGGGUGGGCACAGAGGGGACUCUGGGGUAUUUGUUGAAUGAAUAAAGUAAUUCAGUAUAA